CCUGUGACUUGACCCACAAUCCUUAGCUAGCCAAACAAAGAUGGCGUCUAAGUUGCAAAUCGGCGAUCUUGUGUGGGCUAAGAUGAAGAGCUUUCCUGCAUGGCCGGGAAAGAUUAUAGAGGCGAAGCCAGAGAUAAAAAAGCCUAAAAAAGAUAAGCUUCACCAUUGCAUUUACUUCUUUGGUUCUGAAAACUAUGCUUGGUUGCCGCAUGAACAAGUGCAUGCCUACAUCGGGAACAAAGAAAAGUUUUUGCUGCGAUCACGUGUGCCAAAAGGCUUCAAGGAAGCUAUUGAUGCAAUAGAGGACGCUAUAAAGGAAAUGCCAGAAGAGGCAAUGAAAGAAUACCAAGAGCGAAUGGCUAAACCCGACCCAGAGCCUGUUGAAUUAAACAACAGUAUAGACAGCCCACCAUCAGAUAAAACAGAUAAACCAAAGAAGAAAAAACGACCUAGAGAAAGUACAGGCAAUGGAGACGAG